CUAUUUUGACGCCUCAUUCUCCGUUCGUAUCCAGAGAUAAACAGGCAGCCCAGCUCAGCAGCUGCAUGAAGCGGGCAGCACCUUCUUAUGUUUUGCUCUGGUAGCAGUCGUGGAUGGAUAAAUUCCAGUUCACAAUGGAGAAUCUUGGUCAGAAGGAGAUCACACAGUUCUGUGGCACCUUGCCGCAGUGUUGCUUUUUUAUGAAGUUGAACGUUAUUGGAAACCAACAACCAGUUCACCAUGCUGUUCAAAUCUAUGCUAAUGAUUUGUAUGAGCGUCUCAGCUCUGUUUCUAUCGUUGAACGACCAUCUUGUAUAUGGCAUUGGUGAUGACAACGCACCCAGUGGAGAACAACAGCCCCAUAGUCUUCACAAGGAGAACAAAAAAUCUCCCAGAGCAAAUUACAUUAGCAGCAUCAGCUAUGGGAAGAAUGCCCAGCCAGGCCAAGUGCCAAUCGAUGUCACGUCGAUGCACAGAUACCUUGGGGAUGAACCUGUGUUGGCCAGAAAGAAGCGUGCCGCUAUUGAUAAUCCUGGACGCCUUUGGCCCAAUGCUGAAGUACCUUAUGCAUUCUUCAAGCAUCCUCGGUUUGGAGUUUUCACAAAAGGCCAUAUAGAAAUCAUACGUCGAGCUAUCAGCUACAUAGAGUCCACAACCUGUGUAAACUUCAUGGAACUUACGUCGGACGAGGUCGUACGGAAUCCACUGGGGAAGUUAAUGAUAGCUGGUGGCACUCAUGGAGCAAGCUGUCAGAGUGAGGUCGGUAUGUAUUGGCCUCGUAAUGAUCCAUUCCAAAUUCUCUACUUGAGCACAGGGUGCCUUGGCAAGUUUGGAGGUAAUAGAGUUGCACAUGAGCUCAUGCAUGCACUGGGAUUCUACCAUGAACACACCAGGCCUGACAGGAACAAGUAUAUUCAGAUCAAUUAUCCAGCAAUUCGUCCCAAUUUUGUGGCAAAUUUUCGUGUAGAGCUACAAGCUAACACACUGGACACUGAGUAUGACUAUGAGUCAUGCCUUCAUUACAGUGACUUCCAGUACUUACGCCGAGGCCUGCGUUUUGGCACUAAAACAUUCCUUCCCCUGCAAGCGGACAAUUCUAGCCGUAUUGGUCAGCGCUAUGCACCCAGUUUGAUGGACAUUUUCCGUAUAAAUAAGCUGUACAGCUGCAAUGCAAGGCGAGAAACCUUGGCAGCAGUGGCAUCAUCGACAUCCUCAUCACCAUCCUCAUCGUCAUCAGACUUGGACUGCACAGGAUGUAUUACAUAUCUCUAUGUGGUGGUGUAUUCAAGCAAUGCAGCCUUACCAGUGCGGUCAUCAUCCACCACAACUGGCAGGACGGCUGCACUGCGCCUGCAGUUAGUGGUGAAGGAUGCCGGCAUGUACCGCACGGAGAAUUACCGGCUUGGCAAUAGCAGUGCAUUCCUGCAGGCUGGAUAUCACGCCUGGUAUGUCUAUCCCCGAAAGGAGUGCUUGAUGCGGACUGAUAUUGAGAUGAUGGCCGUCCGUGCAGAAUCUAAAUUAUCAGUUCAGCUCCAGUUAGCAUACGUGUAUGCUGGAUCAGAUAACAAGGCAAUGUUGCUCAUGUCACAGAAUAACGCUACAGAACAGUUCAGUUUGACACUCGGUGGAACUGAGAUGGAUGCCCAGCACAUCUUGGAGCCUGCCAAGCAGCCAUCUUGUGAGCAAUGUACACAUGACUGCAUCACAGAGAUAUCGCUGCUAUUACAAUUUACAACGGCCGUCACCCUGUCAAGCGGUUUUGACAUUGCUCUGAAUGUCGCUCGACACAAGCGGAGGAGAUGGGUUUUGAAACAUUUGACAUCAGCUGACAUCUCUCGGCCAAGUCAACUACGUAAGGUGCACCAGUUUAAUGUCACAAUAUCCGGCUCACGCCAUACUCAUCCACGAAGGUCUUGCUUACUGGCACACAGUCUGAAAUCCGUGGCCAUUGUCCAGGGUUCGUUUGUGCGGAAUAUUCCAAUGCCCAGUGGACUUCAGUCAACCCUAGUUACUGCAUCAGUGACCUCUUCUCAACAACAGCGACAUAUUGUUCUAGCCCAUGCUAGAUUUUCUCGUGCACGGCAAAGAUUUGCAACGUCACUCAUGUUCAAGCAAGCGCAGCCAUGUUCGCCGAACUGUUCCCCUUGUUCACCUGUUAGGUGAUUUACCUUUUGAGCAAUAGUGUCCGUGAUUCAUACAUUCAUGUACUUUCAGCGAACGUUAGUAUCUGCUGCAGUACUAUGUUAAGGCAUUUGCCUGCAUGGUAUACAAAUGCAUAUUGUAAUGCUUGGGUGUGUGGAUAGUCUAGAAUAAUUUGUAUGUUGUGAUGAUCCUGUCUGCAUGCAAUCAUAGUGGUCUAUGCGAGUGUGAAGAUGCAUGUAGGGAAGAAUCUAAGACCGUGUUGAGAGUUCUUAGCUACAUUGUAUGUCCUACACACGUCGUUUGUCAUGGUGUUGUGUUCAAAGAGCACGAUCCACUGAGUUCAGUAGUAGUAUAGCCAUGUCAUGCAUCCACAUACUGUACUACGUGUACAUGUAGACCACGCAAACACACACACACUCACAUACACACUCACAUACACACACACACUCACAUACACACACUCACAUACACACACACUCACAUACACACACACUCACAUACACACACACUCACAUACACACACACACUCACAUACACACACACUCACAUACACACACACUCACAUACACGCACUCACAUACACACACACACACACACACACACACACACACACUCACAUACACACACACACACACACACUCACAUACACACACACACACACACACACACACACACACACACACACACAAACACACACACACACACAGUGACACACACAUAAAAUAAUUUAAUUAUGCGCUUCAGCCUUGCAUGCACCAACCCAGUUUUGAACCCACCCACUGCUAUUAUUUUUUUAUGAUUGGUCCGUACAUGAGUGUAUUGUUCACUCUAUGAUGGUAUCAUCAACCACUUGUUUCAAGCAUGAUGCUGGCGAUUACAUUAUUACAUGAAUAUGGUUUGUCUACACGACUGUAAGAAUAAGAAUCCAGCACCUCAGUGGUGAGCCCUGUCAGGCCCA